AUGACACACCAGCAUUCUGAUGGCACUUUUUUGCAUGCUCAAGCAGAGAAGAUCUACAACGAUGUAGAGGCUCGGAUCCAGGAGGUCCAGACUCAAUUGUCGCAACAAAAUCCAGAAGGUGCACCGGUCCAACUUUCCACCAUUGAACAAGAAAAAAGUUUUGAGCAGUUUUUACAUACGUACUAA